UCUUCUUUUCUCCCUCACUCAAAUCUCAACUCAAACCUUCCAAUUAAAGCAACAGAAACUAACCCCUCAACCACCUUAACUACCCCCUACAGGAAUCUCUUUGCAUUUUAGGUUUUCACCAUUUCUCUCUCGUCUCAGUUAAUAAAGUUCCAACACAGACAACAUAUCUAAAAGCAGAGAGGCUCCCAAGACUUUUCAUUCUGCAGAUUCACCCGCUUUUGCAGCUCCUCCUUCAAUCACUAACGCCCAAUCUUCAAGCAAUCGCACCCUGCCUUCUUUCUUCUUAACAAAGCCGAAUCUUCUUCAAUACCCUCUUUCUUCAACUUUCAAUUUAACUCCAAUCUCCGCCCUUUCUCAAUUUCUCCUUCUCCAGAAUUCCCCCAAUGUUCUGAGGAUCUUCAAUUGAAUCCUGCCGUCGGAGAAGCUCGUUUUCUCCCUCCCCUCAAUGUGGCGGUCUUGGGGCAAAUCAACAGUUCGGAUUCACAAUACCUCGUCGUCGCCGUCUCCUUCCUCCUCCUUCUCCUGUUCCUCCUUUAAAGACAUCCAAACCCUCUGCCUCGACGAACCACCGCAACCCUCUCCCUGCCGCGCCGCCACCGUAUUCCACCGCGUCCGAUUAGCCAGCUCGCUCCUCAGAACCUGGUCAGCUCAGCAUCAGCACCAACCCAAGCUACCCAAUCCCGUUUCCCACUUCGCACCGAAAUCCGAUGCUGCAGUUCCGGAUCCGCCUACCAGAACCCUCACCGUCCAAAACAACACUUCUCCUGCUCCGCCGCCGCCGAUAAGCAUUCUGGGAGCGGAGCAACGCAUUGUUGUGUACUACACGAGCCUGCGAGUGGUGAGGUCGACUUUCGAGGAUUGCAGGAGCGUGAGAUUUAUUCUGCGAGGGUUUCGGGUGAAAAUGGACGAGCGGGAUGUGUCGAUGGACGGGGGAUACAUGAGGGAGCUGAGGUCAAUUUUGGGGGAGAAGAAGGUGACGCUGCCACGCGUGUUCAUCGGUGGGAGGUACAUCGGCGGCGCAGAGGAGUUGAGGCAGCUGAACGAGAUAGGCGAGCUCAAGAAAAUCGUGGAAGGCUUCCCCGCAGCGGAUGUAGGGGCGUGUGACGUGUGUGGUGGAUAUAGGUUCAUCCUCUGCGAAGAAUGUAGUGGUAGCCGCAAGAUGUACACAGAGAAGACUGGCUUCAAGACCUGCACUUCUUGCAAUGAAAAUGGUCUAAUCAGGUGCCCCUCUUGUUGCUGUGCCCCUCUUUGGUGAUCACGCCGAUCAUCGAACAUAGUAACACUAAUUUUCCUUUUUUAAUUUUAAAAGGAUUAAUUGGUUUUAGUAAAAUAUAUGACUACCAGAGUGUAAGAUGUGUAUGACGUAGGACCAUGUCCAGCAUCAGUGGACCACUGACAGUGGUUAGAUGACAUUUCAGUAUCUAUCCAACUCUUGAGCGAUGUGGUGUUAUUUGAUGACCAUAAUUAAUACUU